UGUUCCACCGUUUUUUUUCUAGCUGAGAGAAAAGAGACUGACGCUUGAGCGGGUGGAGACUGCCACACAUUUAAAUCCCCCGGGUCGGUUUUUCAGCUUUUACCAACAACUAACUUCUCCUUUUUAGGUUUUUCUUUGUGCCGUUGGAGUCUUUAGAGCUGAUUUAAUGUCGUAAAUGACAGGUUUGUAGGGGCGUCGUUGUCGGGAAGUUUUUUCGAGGGGGGGGGAUUCGGACCAGCUAAGGGCCAUGGCAGUCGAGGCUCGGCCGGAGCUGGUCGGGAAGCGGUUCCUCUGUGUCAGCGGGGACAAGCCGCCUGAAAUCGGCGACAUCGCUCGCUGGCCGUGGAGGUCCGGAGUCAUACGAGCUGUCAACCACCGUGACAGCGACAAUCCCGACCUGACGACGUCCGUCAGCACCGUCUCUGAGAAUCACCUCUGCACACAUGAGGUGUACGUGGAGUUUGAUGAUCAGGAGUGGGAGAAGAGAGAGUGGGUCAAGGUCUAUGAGGAUUUCCAGCUGUUUCUACUGGAGCACCAGCUGGUCUGGGCCAAGAGGAAGGAGGGAGCAGGAGGAGGAGUGGGAGCAGGUGGAGGAGCAGGAGGCCUGCUGCAGGCAACCAAGGCUAAACACAUACAGUGGCCUGCUCUGGGAUUUAAACCAGUGGUUGGGAAGAGCCUGUUGUCUUCGGUAACAGCAGUGGAAUUCUUGUUAGACCAACAGCUGGACUUCCUGUCGGACCAUUCGUCUUACCAACCUUACCAGGAUGAGGUGGACAGUCAAAACCCAGUGUUAAGAGACAACCCUCAGCUCCAUGAAGAAGUGAAGGCGUGGCUCAAAGACCAGAAAGUGCAGGAAAUUUUUAUGCAAGGUCCCUAUUCGUUGAAUGGCUACCGCGUGCGUGUGUAUAGACAAGACUCAGCCACCCAAUGGUUCACCGGCAUUAUUACACACCACGACCUCUUCAGUCGAAACAUGGUCGUUAUGAAUGACCAGGUGCUAGAGCCUCAGAACGUGGAUCCGUCUAUGAUCCAGAUGACCUUUCUGGAUGACGUAGUCCACUCAUUGCUGAAAGGAGAAAAUAUCGGCAUCACCUCUAGACGAAGAUCACGAUCCAGCCAGAACAACAACUCUGCCCAUAUGGCAGGAGGGAGACCCGGUGGGACCACUGGCAACACUCAGAGCCAUUACACGCGAGCCCAAGCCCACAGCCCCCGCCCCAUCAUGACCUCAUCAGGUCCCAACCCAAAAGGUUCACAGGGGACGUUGGCUUCCCAACAACACAGCCAGUCACAGCAGAGCCAGCAGCCAGCUAGCCAAUCGCACCACUCACCUGGAGGCAGCGGCCGGGAGCAGAGGGAGCAGCGCAAUUCCCGCUCGUCAAGGAGGAAAGGAUCAGACAGCAGCGUUCCGGAGGAAGACAAGGACAAGAGAGAGGAGAAAACAGGUAGAGACUCCAAGUCCAAGGUGAAGCCGGUGGUGACCAAACGUAGGAAGGGCGAAGAAGAAGAGAAGAAGGCGGGUUUAAAGAGGCUGAAGACUGACAUGACAUCUGACCUGUCAGAGAGCAGUGACUCGGAAAACCCGCACAACAAAAGGGCCAUCCACUCGUCUUGCUCCUCGUCCUCCUCCUCGUCCUCCUCCUCCUCAUCCUCCUCCUCGUCAUCCUCCUCGGAGCCCAACUCUGAAAAUGAACUUAAGACUCGCAGUAACGAUGUAAAACCAAGUGCCGUUUCCAGAAUGGAGGAAGACGAGAAGCCGCUUAUACAGGGCGCCAAAAUUAACAAUUCCUCGGCUCUCAUUGGACGGCUGUCCCCAUGGGUGGAGCUUCAAGCUACAGAGGAGAGCAAAAAGGGUGUGGUUAAGGAUACAGGAAAAAUGUCCAUGAAGGAGGUGGAGGAAUUGGUGGCGGUAACACAGAUCACACAGUCUCCACGGCAACCGUCUCUAAUGUCUGACACCAUCAUCCAGGGCGGCAUUAUUGAGAGCAGCAAGAACACUGUGAAAGCAUCGUCUCGAGCCCAGACCCCGUCCGCGUCCCACAUCCAUAGCAGUGGUGUGAUUGACAUCACGGAUGACGCCCAGGCCACAGUGCACCGCGAGAGCUCCGAGGCAGUGUCGGCUCUGCUCGCCUCCCAGGCUGAGUCCACUGCUCUCUCACCUUACCUCCCCCUCAACCCCUCCCCAGUCUCCUCUCCACCCAUUCCACCUUCUCCCUCACCAUCGGAAGGAGGCCGUAGAACAGAUGUCGAGCCUCCUAUGCAGCAGCAGCAGCAGCAAAGCAUUUUGGGAGGUGCCAUGGCUGCACCAAGGAGUCUAGGCAACAAAACAGAGUUCGCUCCCUCUGAGGUCAUCAGGCCUCUCACGUCAAUAGCUGAUAGUGUGGUGCUGGUGGAGAAGGAGAAAACUGUCCUUCACAAUCAUCUUCAUCAUCAACAGCAGCCGCAACAUCCUCUGCAGCACAUGCUACAACAACAACACUACACACCCAUCCAAUCUGGCAUUAAGAGCCCGCCUUCAUCUGAAGAGACGAGAAAACAUUUGCAGCAACAGCCGCCCUCCCACAAGAUGAGCACAGUCCUCUCCCCCGAUUUAGCGAAACCCAAAAUGAGCCCCAGCCCAAACCCCAGCGCACCUCAGCUUGACUCGCUGAAACAGAAACCCCAGCAUCCCAACAACCACCAGAGCCACCCCUAUCCCAGCAUGCACUCAGCUGAACUUCUCAAAGCCCCAAAGUCCCACCCAAACCUGCUGGACAUUUCCAAACCUAAACCCACCACCUCUCCAGAGGUCUCCAAACAUAAAAUACCACGAUACUCCGAUACGUCCCCACCUCCGACAGGUCGUUUGUCCGCUAAAGUAGAAACAGUAGAACCUCUGCGGUCUUGUUUUAAACCGGUGCCAGCGCGGCCAGAAUCAUGUGGAGUCAGCAGCACCAAGAGUCCUCUGAUCAUUGAUAAGAACAAAACCUUCACCAUUUAUAGAGACCCAGCACUUGUCCGUUCUGAUGCAGAGAACUCAGCUGCUGCCACCGUCUCUUCCAAUCACGUGGCAGCCUAUCUCCAUCCCCAUUUGCACACCCUGCACUCCCCGUCCCCUCACUCACCCUGCCACCCGGCUUCCCACUCCCACUCCCACGCUGCCUCUCACCUCCUCGCCACAACUCAUGCCUCUGCCCUACCUCAUCCACACCUCUUACCCCCUGGGGUGCUCCAAGGUAUGCCUCCGCCCACAGCAUCUCUCCUCGGGGGUCACCCUCGGCUCGACUCCCCCGGCGGAUUGGGUCACCUCAGCCUACCUCACGCACACCAGCAGCAGUUCCUACAGGUAGGACUUCAGGGUCAAGGCCCUCAUCCACCUCCACUUCUAGCCCAAGCUCACGGCGGGGCAGCAGGGCUAGGCCUCUACCCCAUCCUCUGGCAGUAUCCCAACGGAACUCCAGCCUCCUACCCCCCAGGACUCAACCUGCCCCCCACAGCUAAGUGGGUCCACCCCGAAAACCCUGUCACCAUGAAUUCUGAGGCUUCUCUCAGGAGGAACACAGCCAGUCCAUGGCUGCACCAGGCUGCCGGUAGCACUGGUGACAGUCUGGGUUUGCUGAGCCAUGUCCCUGUCCGGCCAGCAAGUGCUGAUGCCAACCGCCACCACAUCAAGAUCAACGCACAUGCAAGCCCUCCAUUGUCAAAGUGCAGCAUGGAUCUCCAUAAAGAGGAUUUGGAAAAGAAAGGCUUUGUGGAUCCCAUCAGAAAUAUGACUCUGGCCCAGCUGAAACAGGAGCAGACAGACAGGAGUCGAACCCCCACAGGAAAAGAUAUCCAUUUACACCGCCUGUACCUAGACCCUCUGAGCAAGGCCCGUCUGUCAAAUGCACAGGAUGCAGUUCAGGCUGUAGACAGAGUCAGCAAAUACAAAGAGGAGAAUCGGCAGAUCCUCAAAGAGAGCAUUGAAGUCGCGCCGUUCACUGCGAAGAUCCAGCGCUCUAGUGACCCAACAAUGGACAGGGACAGAGAGAGAGGCAGAGAUUCAGCCUUCCCCGUCCGGAUACCAGCUCUCACCUCGCCCAGCCCCAAGGCCAGCCAUGCCCACCCCCACAUCAUCCAGUCAGAAAAAAGCAACUACUUCACCACGCUGUCCAACAGUGUGGUGAACGAGCCUCCGAGACUGUACUCCUCCAAAGAGCUCAGCUCUUAUUACGACAAAGUUCCAGGGGUUGUAGCCAGUAUUGGGGCUGCAGUGCCCAACCAGGGAGCUCUGUCUUUAGGCAACCACAGCUCCAAAACCUCCCUGUCCAAGCCUCCCCCUCUUAUUAAACACCAGCCAGAGGGUGGAGAGGGUUUAGCAGGGAAAAUCACCGAGCAGCUCAGCCAGCAGGUAACACUAGUCCAGCAUCAACAUCAGCAUCACGCAGGUAUGGACAGGAUCGAACGUCGCAGCCCUGCCAUUUCCCCUUCCUCCUCCUCUACAUCCUCCUCUUCCUCUUUGGCCCAAAACCACCACCAUCAUCAUCAUCACCACCAACAACAACAACAACAACACCACCACCACCAACAACAUCACCACCAACAACAUCACCACCAACAGCAGCAGCAGCAGCAGCAGCAGCAGCAACAACACCAGCUCAGGGCAAUGCCAUCCCUCCACCGAGCACCUGUCUUCCACCCCCCCACACAGCAUGCGCUGGAACGGAAAGAGGCUGCAGAGAGGGAGCGGGAACGAGAGAAGGAGAGGGAGAAAGAAAGGGAAAGAGGGGGUUACGGUGGUCGUCUGUCUCCCCCGACCCUCACACCCAUCCAGCCUGUUAACUUAGUGGCAACUGGUAGCAAAACAUCAGCAGAGCAGCAAAAACCUCCCACGCUGCUGCCAGAACUCAGGGACAUCAAAGGUCAUGGAAACGCAACCACCAUCACCUCUGUGGCCUCUGCCAUAGGUGGGGAGAUUAUGACUUCAUCCACAGAUGGAUGGAGAGGUGGAGAGAUAAUUCAGGAAAGAGGAGGAAUGUACUGUGGAGAGAAAGGACUAUCCAGGGGCAAGCCUCAAGCUGCAGUGGCAUCAGUCAUUGUCCGUCCAUCGACAUCUAUUAAAUAUGACAACUCAUAUGGUGCUAACAAAUCUGGUGCUAUGAUCCAUCAGGAUCUCCCCCAUGGUAGGAUUUACUCAUCCAAGCUUCAGGGGGAAUGUCCAAGGUUAGGGGAGAGUGUUAGAGAAGCUGGAGCUGGCAGGGUGAUCCAGUCCAACUCGAACAUGGAUGAUAUGUGUGUCCAGUAUAAAAAGACUGCCAUGUGUGGCAUGCAAGGAACUAUGGGAGGCUGUAUCACAAACUCUGUGUGCAGGACUGUUGUUUCUGCCUCGUCGAACUUUGUCAUACAGAGUCACUCUGUGGCAGCGACUAACCAGUUAGGAUACUCGGUUUCAGCUCGGAGUCAGUCAAGAGAGCUCCAAGAGGACUUUGGCUCUCGCACCACAUCACCAGGGGGAUCUCUGCGUCCCCCUACUCCAGCAGGAACUUCCCAACCCAGUCCGAGUCACACUCCCAAACCUAGCUCCGUUUCAUCCAUUUCUGGCUCCAGCCAACCUCUGUCCUCCUCCUUUGUCCAUCUCAAGAAGCACAAAGCUGCGUUAGCUGCAGCUCAGUCCAGGAGCAUUGUCUCCACUGCUCCCACAUCUAUCACAACUGGAAACUCCUCCCUGUCCGUGGAUACGAUUGACAAAGCUCCCAUUCGCAACUCCCCGCCACCACCCCCUGCAAACCAAGCUUCAUCAUCAUUAUCAUCAUCAUCAUCAUCAAUUGACUGCAGCAGCAGCAGCAGCUCGGCAAGUGGCAGCACAACGCCAGGAAAGUCCAGUCCCCUGCCCAACAACCAGCCCUCAGGCUCAGCCCCGACAAGCAGCGCUCAGCCCAGUAACUACCACAAGUUGAAGAAAGCCUGGCUAACGCGGCACUCAGAGGAGGACAGGAAUACAACUGCUAUACCAAUUCCCACUAGUACUAAACCUGAGAAGCUGCCCAGCACCACCACCAUCACCACCACCACCACCAGCACAAGUAACACAAAUAAUACUGCAGCCAUGUCUGAAAUGAUCAAACCCUGCACUGUCAACCUCAGUGCCUCCACCUCCAGCGAGGUGGAAAUGAGCAAGGACAUCGGGAUUAAAGGUGAGCGAGAGAGGCAGUCGGAGGAAAAGAUGGGAGCAGCAGCAGCAGCAGGUGGUGGGGAGGACAGGAAAGGAGCUCUGUCGUUGAGGCGAGGGAACAAACGGACAUACGAGUCGGGUUCAGAGAGUGGAGGAGAUGAUUCUGACGCCAGUGAGAGCAAGAUGGAGGGCCGGGCCAAGCGUCAGCCUAAGCCGACCUACAAAAAGAAACAGAAUGACAUGGCCAAGAGGAGAGGAGACAAUGAAAAGGAUGAUGAUGACAUUAAGCCCAAUGGUAUCUUCAGAUCGGCCCGAGAGAAGACCAAACUGAAACUGGCCAGCAGCAAUGGCAUCCCACGCUCUGUGUUGAAGGACUGGAGGAAGGUGAAGAAGCUGAAGCAAACAGCGGAGUCAUUCCUGCAGGACGACUCUUGUUCAGAAAUCGGACCCAACCUCCAGAAGUGUCGAGAGUGCAGGGUCAUCCGCAGCAAGAAGGGAGAGGAGCAGGCACACUCCCCUGUCUUCUGUCGCUUCUACUAUUUCAGAAGGCUUUCCUUUAGUAAAAAUGGAGUCAUUCGAAUCGAUGGCUUCUCCUCUCCGGACCAGUUUGACGACGAGGCUCUGGCCCUGUGGGCUCCUGGGGCAAUGGAGGAGAGCCCCCUGGAACAUUCUACAGCCAAGUACAUCCUCAGCUACAUCGGAGAUAAAUUCUGUCAGAUGGUUGUGACUGAGAAUACUGCAGCAUCCUGGGUCAAGAAGGAUGGCAAGCUGGCAUGGAAGCGAGCGGUGAGGGGGGUGAGGGAGAUGUGCGAUGCCUGUGAGGCGACGCUCUUCAAUAUCCACUGGGUCUGUCAGAAAUGUGGCUUUGUUGUCUGCCUCGACUGUUACAAGGCCAAAGAGAGAAGGAGCUCCAAAGAUAAAGAACUCUACACCUGGCUGAAGUGUGUGAAAGGCCAACCCCAUGAUCACAAACACCUGAUGCCAACACAGAUCAUACCAGGCACAGUGCUGGCAGACCUGGUGGCUUCCAUGCACGCGCUGAGAGAUAAACACAGCAUCAAAUCCCACUGCCCCUGCACCAACAGACAGAACCUCCUCACCAAACUGCCAGUCACCAAUGGAGUGUCACAGGUUCUGCAGAAUGUCUUGAACCACAGUAACAAGCUGUCUCUGGUGAAGGCCGAGCCGGGCACUCAGCAGAACUCUGACACAGGAGCAAUCAAGGCAGAGACUAAUGGAGGAGGUGUCGGAGGAAGCAGUCCAGGCAGCGACACAGGAAGUGCUCCCGUCACCCCACCAGAGUCCCAGUCACCUCUGCACUUCCUGGCCGACUUGGCAGAACAGAAAUCCAGGGAGGAAAAGAAAGAAAACAAGUCAGGGUUGCUGGGUAAAUCCAUGAAGGAGGACAAGGACGUAGAAAGCCUGGAGGUCCUGCAGCAGUGUAAAACCACUUCUUUGGUCACUAACAAUACAGAGCAGGGCUCCACACUCCGAGAUCUGCUCACAACCACAGCAGGGAAACUGAAGCUGGGCUCCACUGAUGGAUCCAUCGCCUUUGCACCCGUCUACUCUAAUGCAUCACAGACUGGAAAGAGUGGGCGGAGCAUGCCCAAUAUCCUCGAUGAUAUCAUCGCUUCGGUGGUAGAGAACAAAAUCCCCGCCACUCGCCAGAACAUCACCACCAAGCUGUCAAUCAAGCAAGAGCCCAUCACCGCUGGUAUCACCAUCAACAAUGCCGCCGCCAUCACUCCUGCCGCUACUGACGAUACCAAACCAGACAAGAAGAAGUUAGUGCCUGUUUCUGCGACUGUGCCAGAAGACUCAAACAGUCAGUAUCCAGACAUUCCCCACUGCUGGUUAAACAACAGACAGCUACUGUGGCUCAAAGAUCACCGGAACCAGAACAACUGGAAGCUGUUCCGAGACUGCUGGAGACAGGGACAGCCUGUGCUGGUGUCAGGGAUCCAUAGGAGACUGAAUGCCGGUCUGUGGAAAGCGGACUCCUUUAACCAGGAGUUCGCUGACCAUCAAGGAGAUCUUCUCAACUGUAAAGACCAGGUGGUGACCAACUCUGGGAUCAAGGAAUUCUGGGACGGAUUUGAGGACAUUACCAAGCGGCCCAAGUCCAAGGAUGGAGAACCUAUGGUCUACAGACUGAAGGACUGGCCGUCCGGAGAGGAGUUCAUGGCCCUCAUGCCCUCAAGAUAUGAUGACUUGAUGAAGAACCUGCCGCUGCCAGAGUAUUCUGAUCCAGAGGGAAACCUCAACCUGGCCUCCCACCUGCCGUCUUUCUUCGUCAGGCCAGAUCUGGGGCCGAGACUCUGCUGUGCCUACGGUGUAGCUGCAUCUCAGGACCAGAACUUUGGGACGGCCAACCUCCACGUGGAAGUGUCGGACGUCGUGUCUGUUCUGGUUUAUGUAGGAGUAGCAAAAGGCAACGGAGUCCUGUCCAAAACUGGAGCGUUAAAGCGUUUGGAGGAGGAGGAUCUAGAUGAGGGAGUCCGCAGGAGGCUCAAAGACUCCAGUGAGACACCAGGGGCGCUGUGGCACAUCUACCUCAACAGGGACAUGGACAAAGUCCAAGAGUUCCUGCACAAGCUCUGUAAGGAGCAGGGAUCGGAGGUUUCCCUGGACCAGGAUCCAAUCAGAGAGCAGGGCUGGUAUCUGAGCAGGAAGCAGCGUCAGCGGCUGAUGGAUGAACAUGGAGUCCAGGGCUGGACUGUAGUUCAAUUCCUGGGAGACUCUGUCCUCAUACCAGCCGGGGCGAUGCACCAGGUCCAGAACCUUCACAGUUGUGUUCAGGUCAUCAAUGACUUUGUAUCUCCGGAGCAUGUGGCCAAGUCCUUCCAACUGACCCAGGAGCUGCGGCCCAGUAAAGAGGAGGUCAACUAUGAAGAUAAACUACAGGUCAAGAACAUCCUGUACCACUGUGUGAAGGAGGCGGUGAGCUCGCUGAAGAGGAGCAGCUCUGAGGAAGAUGAGGAGGAGGAGAACUCAUGACGCCUCCUCUGGCCUAGCCCGCGCCUCCCGUCAGUACCUCCCCCGUCGCCACGCAGUCCUCCACUUCCCGUGGAGUGACCACAAAGAGGCGGUCGGGUCAGAGCUGGCCGUGUGGACCCCGGGGGGACCUCGCCGUGUGAGCUCCACACCUGCCUCGCCUCGCACCACAUCCAGGUGGCCACGCCCACCUCGUUCAUCACGAGCCCCCAAAACCUCGAGUGCCAAUAUAAGACGAGGCGACUGGACGUUAGCGGUGAAAACGUCAGCGAGCACUGAACGCGGUCCACACACCUCCACUGUAACACGCCCCAACUCAACGUCACUGAUGGUGCGUCCGGUUGCCAUGGAGACCCGGGCUGUCCUGUCCUGCAUGCAGCAGUGAUGAUGGAGACUCAGAGACACACUCACCCCUCUGCCGUCUGCUCUCUCUCUCUGAUCCACUCACAGUCACACACACACGCUCACACACGAUGUCACGGACAGAAGAUUUUGCUGAUCACGACAGCAGCAGCAUCACCAGCAGCAGCGUCAGAAUUAAAACAUGACAUUUCUGAUGUUAAAAAAAAAAAUAAGAAGAAGAAAAAAAAAAAGAAUAAAGGGGGGAAAAUGCAAAAGAGAAAUCUCAGAUGUUUGAGUCAGCAGUGACUGCUGCUCCCUCUAUGUCGUCUCUCCUGUAACUCUGUCUGUUCUCGUCCUUUUUUCUAGUUCCGUCUGUACGUCGCUGUUCCGCUCUUUGAUUUGUUUUCCUUUUCAUACCGACGUCGUCGUUUUAUUUCCUCUGUGAAGAUGUAUUUAUUUUAUAGCUCUGUGAUGAUGCAGUGUUAUUGAGACAAAAAGCAUUCAUGUAAAUGUGACUUGUACAGUUUUUUGUUGUUGUUUUUUGUUUUUUUUUCCUUUUCAUAUGUGGUUUUCAGUUGUAAUACGGCUCUACUGUGAUGGAGGACACACACACACUCACACACACAUACACACACACACACACACACACACACACACACACACACACACACACACACACACACACACACCAGCUAAUGCCUGUAACUUUGGGAAAUGUUGAUGCUCUACAGUCCUCAUGCCAUAAAUGCAUUUUUGAAAAUGAACUGCCAAACUAUUGUAAAGACUGUGUAAAGUUGUAUUAUGUAAAGAAAACAAAAAACAAAAUGGCUUAUACGCACAGCAUUUUAUGAAAAAGUAUUCUCUGUAAAAUGGAUACAUUUACAAAAAAGAUGUAAUUUAUUUAAGAAAAAAAGAAUUGUCUCGUUUUUUUUGUUUUGUUUUGUUUUGUUAAGAUUUACUAUGGUGAACGUUUGAAGUAAAAAAGGUAAAAUAAUGAAAAAGUUAACUGUAAUGUGUAAAUAUAUACUUUCACUGAAGUAUUUUUUUAAAACAUGGCUUGCUUCAAUUUCAAAUUUUAAAGUGCAAGUGUUACAUGCUUUGUACAUUGAAGUUCAAAAGGGUUUUACAUUUUCCAUUAAAAUGGAUUUAUCAAACGGU